AACGUUCCUUCCUGUACCAUAUACUAUAUACUGUCAGAGCGCUCGCUCCUUUCUCACACACGUAUCUGAGCUCUGUUCCUCCAUCCAUUCACUGCCAGGCCGACUUCCCGGAGGACAGACAUGAUCAUCUUCUAUUUCUUGGUCCUUGUGGGUGUGAUCGGAGAUUCCCUUGAAUCCGAAAAUAUCCCGUUAUGUUGGAACACUGGCACUAACUACGCUUACCUAUGCUGGGAGGACAAGGAUCCCGGGAUCCCUCUGGAAGAUUAUAGGAAGAACAUUUAUGUACGGUUGGAGAAGAGAGGAAGAUUAUUCUGCCCGAUAAUCACAAAUCUGAAUAUUGUGGACGAUUCUUGGGGGGAAGUCUACUACGAACUGACGUGUAUGAGAGAGACAGACGCAUCGUUCCAGGGAUGUGACGUAUACAAGCUCUUCCUAUUAAAGCGCAUCUACAUAUCGGCCCUCCUUUCCGCUCUUCCAGAUAAACUCGGAUCACAAGACUGGAAGGACAAAGUAACAGAUAUUUUUGAAGGGGUGCCUGGAGUACAAGAGUGGCUGAACAAAAGCGAGGAAUUCUGGGAAGGGCUUCAAAGACCACAAGACUAUUUGAAAGACGCCGGAGGUUUCUGGAAAAAUGUGACUAAAUCACAGGACUGGCUGGGAAACGUCAAGAAAUAUUUUACAGGUAUUCCGACCGAUCCUAUCUGUGAAGAGGAGAAGCAAAAAGAAGAUAAGGGCGAUGAUAACAAUGUCAAAGUUAGAAAGUCUGCUUACCGUCCGGCAAUUCUGCAGAUUGUCCUCCUUUGUCUGGCUGCGGUGCUCAUUCUGGCGGUCUGCUCUUUUUUUCUAUGGAGGUGGAACAAAAAACGUCAACGAAACCUUGAGAUAGGGGGCGCUAGUGAUCGGGAUACGGCUGGGGUCAUCCAGAAUCCUCUGUAAGCCCCUUUUUGGACACCCUCCUCAGAAGCGGCAGUCGGGGUCCCAGGAUGAGCGUCCAGCAAAAGGAUAAUAUGGGGCCAACCCCCAACCCAACUCAACUCCAGCCCCCAACCCAACUCAACUCCAGCCCCCAACCCAACUCUACUCC